AUGUUAGCCAAUCGGCUAAAAGAGACCCUACAAAGUGUUGUUUCAGUGUCUCAAAGCACCUUUGUACCCCACAGGCUUUUAACGGAUAAUAUCAUCGUGGCCGGGGAGGUGGGUCAUUACCUACGAAGGAAGGUAAGCAGGGCGGUGGGAUGGACUGCUUUGAAGCUUGACAUGGCCAAGGCCUACGACCGUAUGGGAUGGGGUUUUUUGGAGGAGAUGUUGGCGGCUUUGGGUUUUGAUCGUGGAUGGACCAUAUUCAAGUCAACGGCGGAGGCUCGAGGGGACAUCCACGGAAUCAGAAUAACGAGGGGGGCCCCUUCGGUUUCCCACCUUUUCUUCGCAGACGACAGUUUACUCUUCUUUAAAGCCACCCAAGUUGAAGCACAAAGGGUUAAGGAAUGCUUGGAGGUUUACAGUGCAGCUUCCGAACAGGUUAUAAACUAUGAGAAGUCCAAUGCCAUGUUCAGCUCAAACACUGCUAGCGGUACAAGGAUAGUCGUCACGGAGUGCGUAGGGAUCCAGGAAACGACUGACUUGGGUCGGUAUUUGGGCCUACCUUCGGUUCUGGGCCGUAAUAAGUCAGCUAGCUUUUGGUAUAUUGAACAGAAGGCUAAAUACUAUCCGCAUUGCGACUUUCUAGAGGCACAAUUAGGAGGCAAUCCAAGCUACCUGUGGCGUAGUAUCUUGGCUGGACAGUCUCUACUCCAGCUGGGUGCUGCCCGGCGAAUUGGAAAUGGUAAGGAUUCUAGGAUUUGGGGCUGGCCAUGGCUCGCAGAUGCGUGCUCUUCUACCCUUGACACUCCAUGCAUAGAGGAACUAAGGGAGGCAAAGGUGGAUGGACUGAUUAAUGACCACGGAAGUUGGGAUGAGGACAUUCUACACGAUCUCUUUAAUGACACCGAUGUGCCCAGAAUUUUAGCUACCCCUCUGUCGCCUCUCUACCCCGAUUCAUGGUGGUGGAAGGGUGAUUCUCGAGGCAUGUACACAGUUCGACAUGGAUACAAACUGCUCACUGAAGCCAUCACGUCGGACGGUCCUGGGGACAGUUUCACGGUGUGGACGAGACUAUGGGGACUACCUAUGCCACCCAAAGCGAAGAACCUGUUAUGGAGAUGCGCUCGGGGUAUCCUGCCAGUCAAAGACAUCCUGAAACUAAGGUCAUCGGGAAAUAAGGUGCCUGAGGCUUCAGUCAGCUCUCACUGGUCUCCGCCACCGCAAACAUGGGUGAAGUGCAAUGUAGAUGCGGCCCUUUUUGGCAAUGGUGCGGGUUAUGGCGUGGUGGUUCGUAACCACGGCGGGCGUUUUGUCGCAGCACCUAGCGGAAAGAUGGGCUCUGUGCGAGAUCCUUUGAUGGCAGAGGCGGUUGCGGUUGAAAGAACAUUUGUCUGA